AUGUCCAAAGAAACAACGCCUGUCAGUAGAGGUAGUGCUAAACGUUCUGAAAGAACGCCAUUGAGGCACAGUAGUCUAAAAGAUGGAGGCACACCGCAUCGCGGAAGAUACAAGGCGACUACUUUGUGGAACAACAUAAUCCGUCAUUUUCGGGAUGAAAUGCCCGUCAAACGGCAUCGUCGGCAGCUUACUUAUUUCGAGGACAGUUUCAGUGGGAGAGAGGCGGUUGAUUUUCUUCUCAUUCUGCUACCUAGGCUGAUUUUUGAAGGCCGUCAAGUUGACAGGUCAAAUUGCGUUACUCUGCUGCAAAAAUUUUUGGACCAAGGGUUCAUAGAAAGGGUCCGUUCAAAUCCUGGCGAGAAGGCAGUCUUCAAAGACAACGCGGCUCUUUAUGUCUUCGUUGAUGAUUGCGAAGUGUUUGGAAUGUCAAAGACUCCUCGUCUAGUGAGAAGCAACUCCUGCACCGAACGUUCACGCAGACAAGAAGAUGUUUCUGCAAAGUUGCCGCCAGUUCAACCCUUUGUGUCUCCGACUUCUUUCAAUUAUUUGCGGAUUCCAACACCAGUAGCACAGAAAGGGUUCAAUAGGAGAAUGUCAAGUUCACAUGGAAAUUUGCUGGCGUUGUUGCCGCAAAAUAAAACGAAUUUUGACUCAGCUGACUCUUUGGCGGAAACAAUUGAUAGCAGACGCGUUGAAGUGAAUUUCAACAUGCGGCCGUCGCCUGUGAAGGAGUACAACACGCCUGUCAUUAGUAAUGUACAACGGAACCCCAGAGAACGUGGAAAGAAAAUUUCUUUAACGGAGAAGAAGAAAUCGCCAUCUGUUGCUAAAUCGCCUGACUUGACGAGUUCGAAUGGUCCUUCCUCGGAGCGUGAACAAAUCGAAAAGGAGGGUGCGUAUGAGUGGCUGAAUUUCGUACGGAGGAAGAAGCCUCUUGGUGAUCACAACAAACCGUUAAAUCCGCACAGUUCCAAAACUUGUCAACCUGUUGAUGAUGGGCCUGUUGAAGUCGUCGAGCAUCGGAAAAAACAUACUCGCGGAGCAGCGAAAUCCAAGAUACCAGAUCCGAUUUACUGUCCGAUACAGAUAACACAUCGCUAUGUAACAGAAGUAGAUUCAUGGUCGAUUUGGAGAAACUGUUUACUUUCAAGGCUGAGUCGGAUUCUCUCUCUUGCGUCUACUCCAUUUAUAACGUGGACUGUUGACGGCCAAGAUGUCAAAUGGAACUGCCAGCGAGUUGGAGCAAGCGGCGUUGUAAAAUCACGAUCAGAUCGAGAAGACUUCUCUGGCUAUUUAUUGAGGCUGAUGCGAUACCUUGAGCAGUUCCCAUUUCCUUCAGGCUCCGCUAACACAAUCACUUACAAGGAUAAUCAGGAGGUUAACGUAUUCAGAACAGUAUGUUCUCACUUGGCUAGAGAAUCACCAAUGCUCACAAACGCGGAAGCAUGUGCGCUGACUUAUGUGAUUUCGUUGUUUCUGGAAAAUGAGUUUGUCGCGGAUGUCAAGCCGACUGGACAGACGGAUGGCUGCGAUGUCCGCAUUGAAACUGAGUUCUCAGCAGAUGUUCCUCGCAGACGGAUUGUGCCUCGACCAUAUUCUAGCGGGGUGAUUUUUCCUGAAUUUAAUUUUGAUUUUCCUCGCGUAAUUCAUGCCCGAUUUUUGUUCACAUUUUGA